AUGCUCCCCACGCCGCUGCAGGGCACGUAUCAGCAGUACAAAGCAGACACCGACUCAGUCGCGGCAUGGCUUGCUUCGACUGCCAAAGCUUGCGGCUACCCAGCUGAUCUACUCACCUCCACCGCUGUGCAAUCGUCUCAACCGAAAGGAGGAGGUCGUUUGAAGGGAAAGGCUAGAAAAGAUGCCAAGAAGCAAAAGCCAGCCCCGAGUGCAGCUCCAGUAGAACCAACUCGACCCAAAUACAUCAUCGCAAUCAAGGACUUUAUCCCGUUGGCAGAGUACAUCUUUGCUUCGACCAAACCGCUCAUCUCAGUGCCCAAGUCUCUCGCCGAGACUAUCGACCGCGUUAUCUACAUGCGCUCCAGAUUCGGAGCUCAAUUGGAAGAACAUGGAGCAGAGGUCAACGAUGAAUCUGACGCAACGCACACUUUCUUCAUCGGCGUCCUCGAGAGCGUCAGAGCUGUUCUCCGCCCACGAAUGCCCAUUGACACGCCAUCGUACGAUUCAAUUGAAGACUUGACGAAUCGCUUCAGCGGUCUCAACGUCUACGAGCCAUCGCAAGAAUUCCUCGAUGCUCCGGAUAUCGUUCGUCCUCAGAAGGCUCAAGACGAUGAAAACACCUACGAAGCUGAACCGCAAAACACCCUCGAAGAUGCUAUGAUAGCCUACGCUGUAAUGCUCGAUGAUCUCACGCAUAUUCGAUCUCACAUCAAGGCUCUCUGGGAGAAUUACAAAGAUGGUUUUUAUGACCUCGCCACUGCGGCUCUUGUCACAAACACGGGUAUCGACCUCGCGCGGAAUCUCAUGGAGCCUGUUCUUCCCUUAUUCGAACCACAUGGUGGUGCUUGUGCUGUUUCGGAAAAGUUCUCUAUCGCUUUUGCUAUGAUGAAGGGCUUUUCUAUGAUGGAGGUAAAGGCGUGGGGUCCCAAGGGCGGGAAUGAGAAGAUGUAUGACAUCGCGAAUGAUACAUUCCUCACCGCCAACAUUCUUCUCAAGGCUCUAGUUGCUCUUCUAGGACCAAGCAAUAUUCCUAUCUAUAAAGAGGGAACGUUUGGGACGUAUGAUCCCAAUAGCGAUCGAUCACGGAAGAACGGCCAUCAGAAAUUCAACGAAGAUCAGAUUAUUCUCUUUGAAUACUUCACUGAAGCGGUAACUCUCGCACGAGCUGUUUCGAAUUAUCCUGUUGAAGACGAAUUCAUCCGCGGAAUCCGGGAACUCGACAAAACUGACAAGACCCCCUUCUACUUGGUCUUUGCCACUCAAAUCCUUCUCGAUGUCCACCAUAUUCUCAGAGCGGAUACAGCUUCAGUAUUUGAGACGCUGAGCUCUCACACGAGUGCCAUGCGCAAUGAUCUGAACCUCCAUAUCAAACAUCACCAGAACCUCAAGAGUGAAACGUGGCCUGCCUCGAAUGAGCGUGCGCUCAAGGAACUGGAACAGUCUAUCGCCUGGAUCGGUAAAGAUCCUGUCUUUCUUGCCAAGAAGAGGGUUGGUCAGAAAGUUGGCGCACAAGUCACAGAUGAUCAGAUGUAUCGGAUUCAUUUCCUGUCGCCGAUUCUCAGUGGACUGCUCCUCUUUCACUUCCGCGCCGGGAUGCAUGAGGUCGGCAUCGCGGUGCUGAAUGCUUGGGGAUAUGUUACGUAUCCUGCACACUGCGCUUCAGCAGGAGGGACUGCUCGUUAG